AUGUCUGUAACCCUACCAAUUGACGCACGGAAUGAAUUUGUUGAUUUUCGCUCUCUUCUUGUUGAUCCAGCUUUUGAGGAAAAAUUUCGUAUUACACUCCAACUCUCCCAGGAAGGCUCUUCUCCAUCGUUAGCUCUUGAGCCAGUAAACAAAGCUAAACGUAUUACAUCAAUAGAUGUUUGGCUCCAAGUUUUUCACGUGUAUGUGGGUAUUUUUACUGCACAGUAUCCCCAUGAGGCUCCCGGCCUCAUGAAGUAUGGGGCUACUAUUCAGGAUCUGGCUGCAAGGGGGCAUAAUUGGUGUUAUUAUGAUGAAAACUUCGUUUUCUGCGCCAGUCUCAGGGCACCUCUCUUCCCUGGGGGACUAUAG